UCAAAUCACAAAAAGAAUCGGAUACAAGUUUUUCACCGGAGCAAUAAUCCAAACCGAAAAUGUACAAGUUUCCUGCUAGUACAUUAGUGUCCCAUGCAAUCAUAUUGCAGCCUGUUAUUGUUCAGGCCAGUUUCAAGACCCAAAAGGACCUACUUGGUUGUCGUACAAAGGUACCUCGCAAUGUAAACAUGGAGAAAUUGCGGAAUGGCUAUUUGUUUCCUGAGAUUUCAAGGCUUGAGGUUCAACACAUUGAGAAGUACCCAAAUGCAAAGUUGAUAAGCCUUGGGAUUGGUGAUACAACAGAACCAGUACCACAAAUCAUCACAACAAGCAUGGCUAAUUAUGCACAUGCCCUUUCAACUGUGGACGGUUAUACAGGAUAUGGCCCUGAGCAAGGCAACAAGGCAUUGCGGAAGGCAAUUGCAAAGGAAUUCUAUAAAGAUCUGCCCAUAAAAGACACAGAAGUUUUUGUAUCAGAUGGCGCACAGUGUGACAUUACUCGGCUUCAGCUACUGCUGGGUUCCAACGUGACGAUUGCUGUGCAGGAUCCAUCCUUUCCGGCUUACAUAGACUCAAGUGUGAUAAUAGGUCAGGCUGGUGUUGAAGAUGAAGCUGGAAGGUAUGGGAGCAUUGAAUACAUGAAAUGUGGGCCCCACAAUAACUUCUUUCCUGACUUGGCAACCACUUCAAGAGCAGACAUUAUCUUUUUUUGCUCUCCAAACAACCCCACCGGUCAUGCAGCAACAAGGAAGCAAUUAGAACAACUUGUAAAUUUUGCAAGGGAGAAUGGAUCAAUUAUUAUUUUUGACUCUGCUUAUUCAUCUUAUAUAAAAGAUGAUAGCCCUCGAUCCAUUUAUGAAAUUCCUGGUGCUAGAGAGGUUGCCAUUGAAAUUUCAUCAUUCUCAAAAUUUGCUGGGUUCACCGGUGUCCGGCUUGGUUGGACAGUUGUUCCUGAGGAGGUCUUGUACUCAAAUGGGUUCCCUGUUAUACAUGACUUCAAUCGCAUUGUGUGCACUUGCUUCAAUGGGGCGUCCAAUAUUGCUCAAGCUGGUGGACUGGCAUGUCUUUCCUCAGAGGGUUUCCUGGCUGUGCGUUCUCUGGUUGACUACUACAUGAAGAAUGCGAAGAUAUUGGUUGAAACAUUUGCUUCUGUGGGUCUAAAAGUAUAUGGCGGCACAAACGCUCCCUAUAUUUGGGUGCAUUUUCCAGGCUCAAAUUCUUGGGAUGUAUGCACCAAAGUUCUUGAGAAAGCACACAUAAUUACAAUUCCAGGCUCUGGUUUUGGUCCAUCUGGUGAAGAGUUCCUGAGAAUUAGUGCUUUUGGCCACAGAGAGUCUAUUCUAGAGGCCUCAUCUAGGCUUAAAUCCCUAUUUCAAUAGGAAGCACAGUUAGCAUGGCUAAAUCAGAUGAGCUUGGGUUGGCCCAACUUCACAGUUUGAUAUCUCAGAACAUCAUUGGCUUGUAAUAAAUAUACUUUUGUCAUUGGCUUUUCCUUUCUUUUUCACGUACACGACCAAAACAAAGAUACCUUCUUUUUAUGUGAUGACAA